AUGAAUUUGGGUAGACUUCCUGUCCUAUAUGUUAACGGUGGGCCCAUAGUGCCAGUUGGAUAUUCAAAAUUAAUUAUUAUAGUGAAACCUACUAGAGACCAUUUAAAUAACGGUGAUAUAGUUACAUCUUGUCCAGAGAAUGUAUACAAAUGUGACAAUGAUCAAUGUUUGUCUAUAAGUGACGCCAGAUGUAAUGGAAUAACAGAGUGUUUAGAUGGUUCUGAUGAGCGUUCUUGUGUUGUAUCUACUACAGAAUCAGAUACUACUUCGACAAUAUCGUCAUUUCCAACAGAAACAACACAAUCGUUAGUACCAACAGAGACAACACAAUCAUCCGUACCGACAGAAACAACACAAUCAUCCGUACCGACAGAAACAACACAAUCGUCAGUACCAACAGUCACAACACAAUCGUCAGUACCGACAGAAACAACACAAUCGUCAUUACCAACAGAAACAACACAAUCAUCCAUACCGACAGAAACAACACAAUCGUCAUUACCAACAGAAACAACACAAUCGUCAGUAACAACAGAAACAACACAAUCGUCGUUACCAACAGAAACAACACAAUCGUCGUUACCAACAGAAACAAUACAAUCGUCGAUACAAACAGAAACAAAACAAUCGUCAUUACCAACAGAAACAACACAAUCGUCAGUAACAACAGAAACAACACAAUCGUCGUUACCAACAGAAACAACACAAUCGUCGUUACAAACAGAAACAACACAAUCGUCAUUACCAACAGAAACAACACAAUCGUCAUUACCAACAGAAACAACACAAUCGUCAGUAGCAACAGAAACAACACAAUCAUCCGUACCAACAGAAACAACACAAUCAUCGUUACCAACAGAAACAACACAAUCGUCAGUAACAACAGAAACAACACAAUCGUCGUUACCAACAGAAACAACACAAUCGUCGUUACCAACAGAAACAAUACAAUCGUCGAUACAAACAGAAACAAAACAAUCGUCAUUACCAACAGAAACAACACAAUCGUCAGUAACAACAGAAACAACACAAUCGUCGUUACCAACAGAAACAACACAAUCGUCAUUACCAACAGAAACAACACAAUCGUCAUUACCAACAGAAACAACACAAUCGUCAGUAGCAACAGAAACAACACAAUCAUCCGUACCAACAGAAACAACACAAUCAUCGUUACCAACAGAAACAACACAAUCGUCGUUACAAACAGAAACAACACAAUCGUCAUUACCAACAGAAACAACACAAUCGUCAUUACCAACAGAAACAACACAAUCUUCAGUAACAACAGAAACAACACAAUCGUCAGUACCAACAGAAACAACACAAUCGUCGUUACCAACAGAAACAACACAAUCGUCGUUACAAACAGAAACAACACAAUCGUCAUUACCAACAGAAACAACACAAUCAUCAUUACCAACAGAAACAACACAAAUGUCAUUAAAAACAGAAACAAUACAAUCGUCGAUACAAACAGAAACAAAACAAUCGUCAUUACCAACAGAAACAACACAAUCGUCAGUAACAACAGAAACAACGCAAUUGUCAGUUACAACAGAAACAACACAAUCGUCGUUACCAACAGAAACAACACAAUCGUCAUUACCAACAGAAACAACACAAUCGUCAUUACCAACAGAAACAACACAAUCAUCAUUACCAACAGAAACAACACAAAUGUCAUUACAAACAGAAACAACACAAUCGUCGAUACAAACAGAAGCAACACAAUCGUCAUUACCAACAGAAACAACACAAUCGUCGCUACAAACAGAAACAACACAAUUGUCAUUACAAACAGAAACAACACAAUCGUCGUUACAAACAGAAACAACACAAUCGUCAUUACCAACAGAAACAACACAAUCGUCGAUACAAACAGAAACAACACAAUCGUCAGUACCAACAGUAACAACACAAUCGUCUGUACCAACAGAAACAACACAAUCAUCAUUACCGACAGAAACAACACAAACGUCAUUACAAACAGAAACAACACAAUCGUCGUUACAAACAGAAACAACACAAUCGUCAGUACCAACAGUAACAACACAAUCGUCAGUACCAACAGAAACAACACAAUCGUCGUUACAAACAGAAACAACACAAUCGUCGUUACAAACAGAAACAACACAAUCGUCGUUACCAACAGUAACAACACAAUCGUCAGUACCAACAGAUGCAACACAAUCGUCAGUUGCAACAGAAACAACACAAUCGUCAGUACCAACAGGAAGAACACAAUCGUCAGUACCAACAGUAACAACACAAUCGUCAGUACAAACAGAAACAACACAAUCGUCAGUACAAACAGAAACAACACAAUCGUCAGUACAAACAGAAACAACACAAUCGUCAGAACCAACAGAAACAACACAAUCGUCAGUACCAACAGAAAUAACACAAUCGUCAGUACCAACAGAAACAACACAAUCAUCCGUACCAACAGAAACAACACAAUCGUCAGUACAAACAGAAACAACACAAUCAUCAGUACCAACAGUAACAACACAAUCGUCAGUACCAAUAGUAACAACACAAUCGUCAGUUCCAACAGAAACAACACAAUCGUCAGUACCAACAGAAACAACACAAUCAUCCGUUCCAACAGAAACAACACAAUCGUCAGUACCAACAGAAACAACACAAUCGUCCAUACCAACAGAAACAACACAAUCGUCGUUACAAACAGAAACAACACAAUCGUCGUUACAAACAGAAACAACACAAUCGUCAGUACCAACAGUAACAACACAAUCGUCAGUACCAACAGAUGCAACACAAUCGUCAGUUGCAACAGAAACAACACAAUCGUCAGUACCAACAGGAAGAACACAAUCGUCAGUACCAACAGUAACAACACAAUCGUCAGUACAAACAGAAACAACACAAUCGUCAGUACAAACAGAAGCAACACAAUCGUCAGUACAAACAGAAACAACACAAUCGUCAGUACCAACAGAAACAACACAAUCGUCAGUACCAACAGAAAUAACACAAUCGUCAGUACCAACAGAAACAACACAAUCGUACGUACCAACAGAAACAACACAAUCGUCAGUACCAACAGAAACAACGCAAUCGUCAGUACCAACAGAAACAACGCAAUCGUCAGUACCAACAGAAACAACACAAUCGUCAGUACCAACAGAAUCAACGCAAUCGUCUGUACCAACAGAAUCAACGCAAUCGUCUGUACCAACAGAAAUAACACAAUCGUCAUUAACAUCAGAAACAGCACAAACAUCAUUACCAACAGAAACAACACAAUCGUCAUUACCAUCAGAAACAGCACAAACAUCAUUACCAACAGAAACAACACAAUCGUCAGUACCAACAGAGAAAACAUCAUCGUCAGUACCAACAGAAACAACACUAACAGCACUAACAACAUUACCAACUGAGACAAUUCAAACGUCAGUACCAACAAAGACAACUCAAUCGUCAUUACCAACAGAAGAAACACAAACUUCAUCAGAAACAACACAACAUUUAGUCUCAACAGAUGCAACACCAUCGUCAAUAUCUAGAGAAACACUUGCAUCAUCACUGCCUGCGGACACAACGCAAUCGUCAUUAUCUACAUCAACUUAUUUACUUACUGAGAAUUCGACAUUAUCAUUAACUUCAGAUACUACGGUGUCCUUAUCAACUGCGGAACUAACAGCAGGAUCACAACCAACAGGGACACACUCAUUGUCUUUUCUAACAGAUACAACAUCAUCGUCAUUACCAAUGAAAACUACAACGCACAAAGAAGGGGAUCGUCCCGAUGAGAAAAAUGUCCAAGGUAAAAUAUAUGAAUAUUCCAUUUCAUUGUAA